GGAGCGGCUGGCGAUGGGAGGUAAGCAGAGCACGGCGGCCCGCUCCAGGACCGCCUUCCCCGGCGUGUCGACGGACGACAGCGCGGUCCACGCCGGGCACUACAGCCACUACCGGGCCGGCGUCACCCCCAUGGGGCUGAGGAGCCGCUCGGUCAGCAGCGUGGCCGGGAUGGAGCCGGCGCAUCCCUUCGGGCUGUACGGCGGCGGCGGCGGCGGAGGAGGAGGCGGAGAGCGGGGCGGCGGCGGCGGCGGCGGCGGAGGAGGAGGAGGGCCGGACUCCGCGAGUAACGGUUACCAGGAGACGGGCGGAGGCGGCGCGGGUACCCGGGAGCUGCAGCUGUACCUGGGCUCCAGGGCGGCGUCGCUGUCCGACUCUCUGCCGCUCCACUUGGCGCCGCGCUGGUUCAGCGCACACAGCGGUUUCAAGUGCCCAAUAUGUUCAAAAUCUGUGGCUUCCGACGAGAUGGAGAUGCACUUUAUAAUGUGUCUCAGCAAACCACGACUCUCGUACAACGAUGAUGUGCUGAGUAAAGAUGCUGGAGAAUGUGUAAUCUGUUUGGAGGAGCUUCUGCAAGGAGACACAAUAGCUCGGCUUCCUUGUCUGUGUAUUUACCAUAAAAGCUGUAUAGAUUCAUGGUUUGAAGUGAAUAGAUCAUGUCCGGAACAUCCUUCAGACUGACCUCUGCUGGCCUGCAGCUGCUUACAGCCUUUGGUUAAAGGGCGCUUUGCUCACUUUGGCUAAACCCUUACCUGGAGUUUAGGAACCUGAUACGCUCGAAGUUUACCCCAAAAAACUGAAAUUUUCAGCAAUGCGUUAAAAACAACAAUACAAAAAGCACCAAUCGAAAUUUCUGCAUCGCACACUCGAAUAAAGAAGGCUGUCCGGAACACUCGCCAGGUGGUAGGAAAUUAUAACCUUGGUCCCAGAACAAUGGAAUUACUGUAUGAAUUUGCAAAGCCGGUCUGGAGUGCAAAAGGGACUAGCCAAAUGGAGCACGAUUGCUUUUUGGGUUUGAGGAUGUUGUGCAUAAAGACUUGUCCCCAGAUGAGAUUCAAGGCGGCAACACAAAAGGCGUAGAAGCAAAGGGGAGUAGAAUUUCAGGUGUGCGGACAAAGUUCUGCAGAUGCCAGAAUGUAAAAGCUUUGAGUAUCGGUGGGCUUGUAGUUGUGUCCAUGAUGUGUUUUACACAGUGUCCAGUGUAGCCGGCGUGUUCUUGCUGAUGUGUGUACUGACUCAAGCACGCUCCUGUUUUCUUCAUCCUACUUUGUGAAAGAUGUUGCCAAAAUUAAAAAAAAACAAAAAACGA